AUGUACAAGGCCACUCAUGUCAGAACAAUUUACAUUUUGAGAUUUUUCUGUGGUAUGGCCGAGUCGGGCGUCUUACCCGGGGCCUGGUACAUUAUUGGAAGCUGGUAUAAAAAGUCGGAAAUUGGCCGCCGGACGAGCUUAUUCUACUUUUCAGCUACGGGCGGUCAAAUGCUAUCGGGCAUCAUCCAAGGCGGAAUCUACCGAAGCCUAAAGGGUCACAAGGGGCUUGCCUCUUGGCGAUGGCUUUUCAUCAUUGAUUUUGUCAUUAGCAUGCCCAUUGCACUCAUGGGGCUUUGCGUGUGCCCAGAUGAGCCGAAAGCGAAGCGCAUCUGGUGGAUGUCGGAAAAGGAGCGGCAGCGAUGUAUUCAACGCAUCAAGGAAGACGAUCGUGAUCCAGGAACAGUCUCUUGGAACCUAGAAGCCGUCAAAACUGUACUCAAAUCCUGGCAGUUGUACGCUUUUUGCAUCGCCUGGGGAACUUUGGAACUUACCUGCGGUGUCAGUCUGCAGCGAUGGAUGGUACUCUGGCUUUCCUCGGUCAAGGUGGACGGACACAAAAAGUACAGUGUGCCAGAAGUCAACUUUAUGCCAGUCGGUAUUGGCGGCGCGCAACUCGUGUGGAUGCUCAUUGCCUCCUGGACGUCCGACUAUUACCGAAACCCUUCCAUCGUCAUUGUCGCCCUGGGCACGGUGCAGCUCUUUUGCUACAUUGUCUUUGCCGUCUGGCCUAACAACAAUGACUUCAUCAUGGCCGCCUUUUACAUUUGCAGUGCCUAUGGCGCCAUUGGCCCCCUCAUCGGCUCCUGGCUCAACUCGUCCUGCGGCGGCGACAGAACCUUGCGGGCAUUCACUUCCGGCCUGACAUCUUCAGUAGGAUUUGGUCUCGGUACAGCAGCACAGCAAACCAUGUUUCCCGUCUCGCAGGCCCCGAAAUUUCGUCCAACCCAUGGCUUCAUCUUUGGAAUCGUCUGGAUUGUCUUUGCCGCCAUUGUCUGGUGCGGCAUCAUUAUGCCAAUCAUGGAGCGGCGCUUCCCGCCUCGCCCCAAGGAGACGCAGACGGAUCUCGACGAUGAGCCACAUCCCAGUCCUUUGCCCGACCAACGGCAGGACAUUAUUGCCAGCAAACUUUCUUGA